GUGUCAACAUGGCGCCUGUCUGCGGGACAAAAGGCGAAUCUGUCUGACGGUGGAUUGAAACCCAAUUAGAAACAGAGGAGACAUUUUGGGAAAACUAUCAGCGUCCGUGAGUCCCGGCGCCCCGAGGCAAUAGAUAUAUGGUUAAACAAACAUCUGCGGAGGCUCUGAGACUGGAAUAUUAAGGAUGUUCCAGCAGUGUGAGGAGCCUCGUUUCACCAUCGAGCAGAUCGACCUCCUCCAGAGGCUACGGAGGACGGGCAUCACUCAGGCGGAGGUCCUCCACGCCCUGGACACCCUGGACCACCUGGAGCGGCAACAUGGACACAAGCUGUCCCACAAACCUCCCUACAUGCCUGCCUCGUCUUCCUUGUCAUCUUCCAGUGCCGUCGUCGCCUCUUCCUCCAUGACUUCCAUCGCCACCCAGACACAUUUCCCCAACAACCGACUCGCAUUGUCGCCUAGUACCAACUUUGACACAACCUCACCGCCUCUACCCAUUCCAGUAGCCUCACCCGUCGCCAUUGCGACAGUAGUCCAGAACGGCCUUGUGGCGGUCACCAAUGGGAAGCUGUCGCCGCCCCGGUUUCCUCUUGCCGUUGUCAGUGGCAGCGUGACAGCGCCGGGAUACGGGUUUGAGACCAGUGAGGAGGACAUAGAUGUUGAUGACAAGGUGGAGGACUUGAUGAGGAGGGACAGUGCUGUGAUCAAAGAAGAGAUUAAAUCUUUCCUGGCCAACCGGCGGAUCUCCCAGGCCGUGGUCGCUCAGGUAACGGGGAUCAGCCAGAGUCGGAUCUCCCACUGGCUGCUGCAGCAGGGCUCGGACCUCAGCGAGCAGAAGAAACGAGCCUUCUUCCGCUGGUACCAGCUGGAGAAGACCAACCCCGGUGCCACUCUUGCCAUGCGAGCCGCCCCAUUGGCUAUGGAGGAGGUGAUGGACUGGCAGCAAGCCCCGCCUCCGUUUGGCUCGGCUCCCGCGGGCUUCCGUCUGCGGCGAGGGAGCCGGUUCACCUGGAGGAAGGAGUGUCUGGCUGUGAUGGAGAGCUACUUCAUUGAUAACCAGUACCCAGAUGAAGCGAAGAGGGAGGAGAUUGCCACCGCCUGCAACGCAGUCAUCCAGAAACCAGGAAAGAAGCUGUCUGAUUUGGAGAGGGUCACAUCUCUCAAGGUCUACAACUGGUUUGCCAAUCGCCGUAAAGACAUCAAGAGGCGCGCUAACAUUGAAGCAGCCAUCUUGGAGAGCCAUGGCAUCGAGGUUCAGAGUCCCGGCGGUCAGUCCAACAGCGAUGAGGUGGACGGCAACGACUUCCCCGACCAGGGCUGCGAGGUGUCCUUAUUCGACAAGAGAGCUUCAGCCAGGCAGUUUGGAUUCAGUCGAGCUGACCUAUCCUCUCCAACCCAGGUCCCCACGCUGCUCCCCAGCUGGUUUUCCAGUCUGGGCAGAGGAGGCUUGUCUGGACACAGGGGCACGACUCUGAUUGGCCGCUCCUUAGUGUCAGGGGCGGGCCCUCAGGUGGAGGCAACCAGAUUGACAGGCGUGUCCUGGUCCCCUCCUUCCCCCUCCCUGAAGGACGAGCACACGCUGUCCGAGCCCCAGGACCCAAUCAGUUUGGAGAAGGCGUCUGUCAAUCACAGCAAUCAGGUGGAGGGGGCGGGCUGCAGCAGCGGGAUCGACAUCAAGACGGAAACGCUGGAGGACGACUGAAACGGGCGGCGGACGUUUUCAUUGGUCCGAGCGAUGAAUGGAGCAGGGUCUGAGGUGUGUUAAUAUGCAAGCAGAUUUUAUAGGAAUGUAUUAAGUGAAAAAAAAAAGACCAAAAGUCGUGUAAACUCCAACCCUGAGAUACCUCCCAACCCUACCUCCAACCACCAACCUGCUCUGCUACUCUCUUAUAGGCAUUACUAGUAUAUUAUAAUCAUGAGAAAAACUCCAAACAGCUUUUAUUCUGCUCCCCAGCCAGCUACGGAAGAUAAAACUUGCCUACAUAAAUCAAAUCAAACAGAGAGAGUGAAGUAGAUUAUGAAUUAUUUAAUUAAGUAAAUGCACAGUUUGUAUUGUUUGUCACUUGCUGAUUUGUUUUAGGCAUUUGAAAUCUUCCGUACAGACAGGAAGUGAUGCGUUGUGCGGACAUCACUGUAUUUGCCACACAGUUCAAAUCAUUUCAGGGUCGUGCACUGUGAUCACAACACAACUGAACAGCCUCAAUAGAUAAAACGCAUGGAUUCAGAAUUUAUUUUAACCGAUUUCGCGCUUUUCGUCUGAGUUAAUCAUAUUUCUUUGAUAUUUUUAGCUGUUGGCUCCUUCAAACGAGUGAAUCAGCAGAAUAAGCUCAGUAUCGUUGAGUUCAGGGGAUGUUUCUGUGGGCUGGAGAUGAUUUUGAAAACAUAAAAUAAAUCAAAAUGACCCACUCCUCAAAUCCCCGCCCUGGUAUAAUAAGCUUAAUAUAUGGAAGCAAAGAAAGGACAGCUUAAAUGAAAUUACAUUUGAGGGAUUGAAUCCUCCGAUGUGAAAUCGGUGGACAUUUCCCGUUCUCCGAUUUAAAGUCAACUAAAGAGGCUUUUCUUAUUGUAGUGUGUUAGCCGCUACAUAGAUUCAAUGCUUUAAUGUUCUAAUUAUAAUUAUACAACUUAAAAUGUCAUCUCUAUACCACAACUCAAAUUAAGUUGAAUACAUUGAAUGUAUCAGAUAUAAAUUCUACCUAAUUAUUUAGAAAAUUAUAAAUCUAUGAAAUUGAUUUAUUUUUCGAAUUUCAACCUUUGAUUUUUAAGAGUUUUUAAAAUGUUUAGCACUUUGCAUUUUAUUUUUUUUUAAAUUGCACAACUUAAAUUAGGGGUGUGUUCCAAUACCCAUACAGAUACUAUCGCAGUGCACAGCAUGUCUCAUGCGGCACGCCGUAAAAUACCAGGAUGCGCGCCCUGCUUCCAAUUCUUAGAUCAGAUUUUGCAAUUAGAAAUCUUGACUUUCUUGCGGCCUGUCUUUGCUUCUACAUUAAUAACAAAUCAUUUUAAAAGCUCAGCACAUAAACGUUGACGGUAGCUAAAACUGUUUUUUGUGUGAAACUAUAAACCCGAAUGGCUGAUUACUGUGAGACGAUCUGUAACCGGAUCAGUCCGUUGGGAGGUAUUACUACAGAUUAAAGUGAAUGCAUACAUAUGCUACACACACACACACACACACACACACACACACACACACACACACACUCAUACGUAUAUAUAUACAUACAGUAUAUCAUAUAAGCUGGGAUAUAUAUAUAUAUUUAUAUGUAUCCUGAUCCAUUUCUAUUUACAGUAUAAAGACAUAUUAGCUUCCGUGUGAGUCUUUCAUGUUGGUGAGAGACGAGUGAAGCAUUAGCCAAAGUAUUACGUUUGAAUUGUGUGUGUUUUCUGAGUGUGUGUUUCGGAUGGAGCCGUGUAUUAGAGAUAGUGUGCUAAUCAACGAUGCAUCAGAUGUGUCAAAUUAUUGCAAGGAAAAUGCAUUUCCUUUUUAUUUUUAAAGGUGUAUCUGUGUUUAGCUCGAUAUGCCAUGUGUUUUAAACACAUACUGUCCUGUUUUAAAUUGUAUUUUCAUUUUAAAUGACACUUUAUUGGAUCAAUAUCAUGGUGCUUAGAGUCCCUGCUGUGUUAGACAUUUGAGGAGUGAUCAUGAAUGAGAUGGACUAGAGAGAGAGAGUAGGAGGAGCAAUCAAAGCUUAUCACUCACAUUUUACAGUGGGAUUCUCUUGAAACAAACACAGAAAGAAGUGUUCUUUAAUCACAGUACAGCCAUUGUAGAAUUCUUUGUCUGCAUCCCCACUCCUAAUUAUCAAGUCCGGUGUUGCUUGGUAUCACUUUUUAUGUCUGAUACCAAUACUAAUCUGAUACCGUCUUUCUCCCCAUCGUAAAAAAACAAGCUAUUAGUAAUACAUUUGUAUUAAUGCACUUUGCUUAACCCCACCAUCUAAAAAACAUCAUGCUCACACUGAAACCAAUAUUCUAUUCUAUAGGAAGGAUAAAAUAGCCCACAACAUAACUCAGUUAUCCAAUACAUUUUUGAGUGGUCAGCACCAUUCAAACGUUCAGCACAAAAUCAAAGUACAAUAAAUACGGAAUUAUAAAUGAUCUGAUCCGUACAUCCACAAUAAAAAUGUAAAGAGAUUCUUGGCUAAUUUUAAAACUUCCAUCUAUAUUAUGCACUAUAUAUAUUACAAAGAGUGUUGUUGAAAUAUUAUACCCUCAGUCAAAACUAUAAUAUUGACUUAAAAUGUAAAGGUCCCCUAUUAUGCAAAAUGUACUUUUUGCUGUCUUUUACACAUAAAUAUGUCCCCUGUGUGUAAGGAGACUCACAAGGUGUCAGAAAAUACAGCUCCUCUUUUCCUCCUUACCCACAUCUCUAAAAACGGGGGUACAAACGAGCUGAUCCAGAUUUGCUGCAGAUAUGACGUCAUAUCGGAAAUGUGGGCUGGCUUUACAUUGAACUCCUGGCAACGUCCCCCCCACGUGACACGUCCCAACCUAUCGUCCCCUAUAUACAGUGGCGAGCUGAAUCCCCUCCGCAGCACCUCUGUGUGUCUGUGUAUUCAGCAGGAUGUCUGCAGGAGGGACUUAGAGUUGUUGUAUAUAUAAUACAUAUAAUGUUCUAGUGGUAAACACUGAGAAGUGUUUCAGAAAUAAUGCUGGAUGUGGUUUGGAACAUAUCAUGGUGUUUAAUCACGGCAGCGUUUCGCUGAGUUUCUCCGUUAGAAACUUCUCUCUUCAGACAGAGAGAUCAUGACACUCCAAAGGGGCGUGGUCAGCUUCAGCUCAGCUCAAAUUUAGAGCUACAGUCACAGAAUCAGCACUUUCGAAAACAGGGCUGAAACAGAGGAAUAGUGUACAUGCUAAAAUCAAUGAUCUGUUUGGUAUUUUGAGCAAAACACGUCAGAGACAUGUUUUUUAAAAUAUAUUUGAGACCUAUAAUAUAUGCCAUAAAAGAGCAUAAUAUGAGACCUUUAAAUCUAAUAUUCACUUUCAUUUUAGUCCUGUUCUGGCUUUCACCAUCCCAGGGAAGCUGCUUCUUUAGCUGCUCAACGCUCCACUACAUUCACUUGCUAGCUUAGUUAGCCUGCUGUUAGCUGCCGGGCAGGAAGCGUACAGCAGGCUUAAUAAAGUUCUAAGGAAUGUGGAGAUGGGGGUUUGAAAACCCAAACAAUUUGUUAAGACACAGCAAAUGAUUAAGGGAGCUUUAGUUCAUCAGGUUCUAAUUGAAAACUGCAUUUUAACAAUACUGAAAGUUGACGUCCAAUUUCAGUAGCUGAUAUUUUAACUUGUGUGUAAAUUCUCUCAGACUAUGGCAGAGACACGGGCCUCCUUCUGUUAGCGUGGGUGUAGUUAGCUUAUAUCCCCUGUGAAAUUAACAACUGAGACUCUCACCAGCUAAAAAGUACAUAAUGCUGGCGUUAAGAAGGUCAAAUAUUAGGCGAUCCAGAACAUUUCCUGUAACUUUUUUUAAGUUUAAGUGCCUUAAUGAUUUGGUGCAUGAUAAGGACUUCCACAAUGGCUGUACAUACUUCACUUACCAGAACCAAUGCAGCAACAGUGAACCCUUCCUCAUCGCUUCAUCACCUGGUGCUUUUUUAGGUUAAGCUACGAAUUGAGAGUUCAAAACUCGACACAAAUACCUCACGUUACCCUGCUCAGCUAUAAGCUACCCCCCCCCUGCAGGUUCCUCCACAGCUGCUCCAAUGUGAAGGUUUAGACAGGCGACCCUAGAGCUGAUAUUCAGAGGAGACUAACUGUGACCAGGCGGAAGAAAAAAGGGAAAUUCCUUCUUGAACUCGAACCAAUAAAUAUAAAGUUUGUAAACAAAGGGAAAAUCCACUCCAAAAAAAAAAAGUAUCAAUUUUAAGCUACAAAAUAUAGAUAUAGAAGAUGUCCUCUCAUCCUGGUAGAGUUCUCCUCAUGUGAUGAGAUUUAGAGAAUUUAAAUUGUGUGGUGGAAUGUGUGUUUCAUUGUACGGCAGCACAGCUGUCUCCUGCUUUAAGCGUUUGUAAAACUCCGAGACAUCAUAAGUGACAAAGCGUUCUGUCAUGUUUCCAUUUUUCAUGCCAAAAUAUACUUUCCCACUGAGUGUAAGAAAAUGUUUUAUUAUCUGCCGAGCAGAAGCCUUCUGAAGUGAAUCCGUGGGUUCCUUUUAGACAAUGUGCUGUUAUGAGAUUAUUUCAGGAUUUUAAAGUCCAAUUCCAAACCGCCCCCUACACCCUACCCCUACACACUAUUAUUUUGUCCAAGAGAUGCUGAUUUAAAACGUUUUUACGAAAAGUUACGGCAUUUCCUGUCUCUGCCAGACGAAGGGGAGUUUGCUCCAAAGCUUGCCGCUGUAUUUACACCCCCACCUGAAAGAAAGGAGUGUGACUACAGACGGAGGACACGGAGUGGGAAUGGGAAGGGUGAGGUUUGGAAUUGGGCCUGAAUCAUGUCAGUUGCUACCUUCAUGGUCCUCUCAUUAAGUUGUACUUUGCAGGUCUGAAACAGCAAACUGAUGUGAAAUUAAAAUGUGGUUAAAAGUGUCCUUUCAGAGCCAAACACAUGAAAGGAGUGAGAAAUGAAAUACAGCAGAAAAUUGAAAUAAGACCAAAAAACAACAAAAGAAGAAAUCCCUUUUUUCUUGUUUAUCAUUUCCACAUGUCAUUCCUAAUAUCUGGUCUUUGUGUCUGGAUUUCAUUUCAUAUCGCUUUCAGUUCUUGACCCUGAGUGCUGUGCUUUUAAUUUGACUCAAUUGUAGUUGAUUAUAUAAAGUAUAAAGAAACCUAUCAUGAAAUAGAAAACCUUUUUUUGCUUCCUUAACAUUUAGGAAGCAUAUGCCCUUCCAGUCAGAUUCAGGCUGCUCAUGUGCACUUUGUUUCUGACAGUACUGUUGUGUUUUCCUCCGUUAAAAGUAGUUUGAGCCUUCAGUUGCCUUGCUGUACCGUUUUAUUUCGAAAGGAAAAGCUGACUGAUAUUUCCGAUCCGACUCCCGUAUUGUCUUCAUCACAUUUGUCCUGCCAAAUCUGUUCUGUCUCUUCCUUUCAUCCAUGUUCUGAACUCACCAGAUGCAGUAUAACAUGUAAAGAGUUGUAUCCCAUUAUGCUCUUUAUUUGGGUUGAAAUCAUUCAACAUAAUGUAGAUGUUCCAGUCUUAAUGUUCUCUCAUAAUCAGCCAAUGACUGUAAAUAUAACUUGGUAUAAGUGUAAAAAAAACCUACUUUUUUUAAACCUCAAGAGCGGUUUCCGUUUCAUUUUGCAAUAAACAAUUGAAUCACUGUACAGAAUGAAACAUGUCAGACCUCAGCAGGACAUUUGUUGUGUCACUUUGAUUUGUACCCCCUGGUUCUUUUCUAUUUCAAGAUUUAGUGCCUUUUUUGGACGGUAGACUGUUCUGUAAUCACUAUGUAGAAAAUCUACAUAUGCCUUUUUGUUACUUUUUCAUCUGUUGGAUAAACCUUAUUUGUUAUUUUUCAAAGGUGUGUUUUUAUUGAUAUUCUAUUUACAAGGGAAUAAAAAGUGAUCCGAGUCAAA